AUGUCACCACAGUCGUUCCAGCACACGGGCGGCGCGACGAUGCUGGCCAACAAGAACGCGCAGCUCAUCUACCUCAGCAAGGCCGACAAUGACCUCACGGGCAUCAGCCUGCGCCAGGGCGACGGCUUUGACCAGCACGACGGCAUCUUUGUGAGCAGCGUUGCGCUGGGCAGUCGGGCUGAGCACCAGGGCCUCUGUAUUGGUGACCAGAUUCUGCAGGUCAACGGCGUCGACGUCACAUCUUCAUCCAUGCGACAUGUUGACCUGCUGCUCUCCGUCGUCGAUUUCGUCAUUCUCGCCAUCAAAAAGCCAAACUUGCAAGACCUGUAUUCAACAUCCCCAGCCGUCAACGCGAACGAAGCAGCAGCACAGCAGCAGGUGGCGAAAGGAGCUGCCAACUCUGAAAACAACAAGAACGAGACGCGAUUGCCUGCAGGCAACGCACCAACAGCAGCACGCCUUAAAGACGGAGAGGAAGAGGAAGAGACGAAGGACAAGGCGGAACUGCUGCCGAGUGAUAACGAAUCGUCCACAGACGAAGAGGAAGAGGAAGAGGGGGGUGGCUAUGAUCACGGUGAUGGUGAUGGUGGGCAGGCUGUGACCAGUGCAGGAAGAGAACCGCUAUCGACAACACCAGCAGACGCGACGUCGCCAAAGAUGGGGCAGCGAGCACAGCCACAAUCCUCAUCAGCGACGCAGCAGCAGCAGCAGCAGCAGCAGCAGCAGCAGCGUGGCGGCGAGCAAACUGGUGGCACAUCCCCCUCAAUCCCACCACCGUCAUCGUCAUUAUCGUCGCGCCAAAAGAACAGCAGCAACAGCAACAGCAACAGCGGCGGUGGUGAUGGUGUUCGCAGCAAACACCAUCACCGUCAGCAGCAGCAGCAGCAGCAGCGGAUGGGGCGGGAUGCGUCUGAAUCGGAGACGGAGAGCGACAUUGAUCCAUCCAGCUCAGACCCAAUGACAAUUGCCAACACGAUUGUCAACGGCUUCAGCCCCAUGCAUGACGUCACACCAGUCUCACGUCGACGCGGUGGUAAGCGGACGUCAGGGGUCACGUUUUCCGCAACACCAACCACCUUCUCCUACGCCAAGCAGCGGGAGGGGCGAACGCAAACCAGUCGCACCCCUGCAGCAUCAUCAUCAUCGUCAUCAGCAGCAGCAGCGACAACGUCGACAAUUGCCAGUGCCAAGAACACAACAGCGAUGGCAGGCGCGGAUGACACGUCAAGCACCCCCACAGCACGCGGUCGGGUCUUGAGCAGUGGCAGCAAGGCAGGCGCAGUCACGUCGCCUGUCACACCACGGUCUGCCACCAUCACGACAGCAUCAUCAUCAUCAUCAACAACAACAACAACAUCAACAUCAACGCCACCAGUGGCCAUGUCUAUGCCUUCAUCGUCACCUUCAUCGUCAGCACAGCGGCGGGUGCACUUUGAUCUCGUGCACAAGUUUUCCCGCGCAGCCCCGCACCACCACGACGCGACAAAAACGCGCUCAGCACUCAAGCAGCAGGGGCAGAGGAGACAACGCGUGUCGUUCGCAGGCGUGUCGACAGGCGCAACAUCACCAUCAACAUCGUCGUCGUCGUCGUCGUCAUCAGGGCGGCCUGCGCCGAAUCGGCACAGCGUGUCUGAUCCCGUGCUCAUGCCAACCCAAUCCGCCAACAACACCGCGCCAGGCGCUGGCGGUGAUGGUGUUGAGGUGCCGCUUCGCCGCGCACCGCCAACAACGCACAUGACAGCAGAUCACCACCAGCCAUCUCCGUCAUCACCAUCACCAUCAUCAUCGUCGUCAUUAUCAUCGUCCGCAGCGAGGGGCGGUCGGCAACCCCGCCCCGCGUCAUGGACCGGAAUCCCACACGCACACGCACACGCACACGCACACGCACACGCACGAAUGCCUGCGAGCAUACCCAGUGGCGGUGACGAUGUGUUUGCAACGAGCACUGGCGAUGUUGGAGCUGUCAUGGUGCAGCCUGCCGCUCAACGCAUGACAACUGGGGAUCCAGCAAGCACACGCGCACAUGCACAUGCACACGCACGCUCCCGUUCACAUCAGCAGCAGCAGCAGCAGCGGAGACGACGAUCCAGCGAUUCCAGCGUGGACACCGCAGUUGAGAUGAAGAAGAAGAGUGGUGGCGAGUUUGACGGGAACAGGGGCGUGCUGCUGCGCGGAGGGAGCGAUGAGACGAUGGGGGCUUCGCCAUCACUGUCGCUGUCAUCACCACCAUCAUCCGCAUCAUCGCCGCGUCGGAAGCGCAUCUCAUCAGACUCAAGCAUCGGCACGCCCUCCUCCCGUGACAACAGCGACAACAGCGACAACAGCACGGGCAGCGGUGGUCGUGGUUAUGGUCGUGGUGGCGGCGGACGGGCGCGGCGGUGGCAGACGAUUACAACUGUUGAUCGUGACAACGGCACGACACCCACGCACGGCGGCACAUACGAUGUUGUCCUCUCACGCGGCAAGGACGGGCUUGGCAUGCGCAUUGUGGGCGGUGCGGACACGACGUUUGGCGCGCUCUUUGUUGCUUCCAUCGCCAGCGGUGGUCCUGCGGACCGCGCGUCCAUCAUUCGCGUUGGCGAUCGCUUCCUCCACGUUAACGGCACGCCCACACGCGGCAUGACGCAAGACGACUUUCGUGCAGCCAUCGCCGACAGCGGUGGGCAGCCGGUCCGCUUCUCCCUCAUGGAGAUUGGCGCAGACCAGUGGCGCAGCAUCCAACUGCAGGCCGGGGUCAAGCACAUUGACCUGACGAGCCCGCGGCAGAGUGGGCCCAGGGUCCGCAACACGGGUAGCUUUGAUGAAGGCACCGCCCACACCCGCCGUGCCGGCGGCGGUGGCAGCCUGGUGUCGUCGCCUCGGAGGGCCACGGAGGGCGGGUUCUCGUUUGACAGCGGAGCGGGGCGAUUGCACAACGGCUCGGCCUCUGUUGAUGCAGACGUGCUGACAUACCGCCACAUGCCGUUGCCUGCAGGCACGGCAACCACUGGCGCACGCGACACCCCCAACGGCGGCAGCAGCAGCAACAGCAGCAGCAAGCACGGCGACUCAUUUGCUGAAUUGCGGCGGUUCCUGCGUCAACCACACGUCACGGACGACGACAACGCCACCGCCACCGCCAAAGGUGAAACAACACCAGGAACCGGCCAUACGACCACGGGCCGUCCCGACAAGGGUACGGGGCCCGCGUCGCAGGCCGUGCUGGACAACUUGGUCUUCUCGUACUCCGCCGCGCGCACACCGCGCACAGCUCCGAGUGGCAGUGGCAGUGGCGGGAGUGGCGAUGUCGUGUCGCCAUCGAUAGGUGGGCAGCGGAGCAAACUGAGCAGCAUGGGCAGUUCUGCAGAAGCGCUGGACGUGGACACACUCGCACGCGCGCAAUCGCCCGGCAGUAAGCACCGGACCGGUAGCGGGGCACGAAGCAGUAGCAGCGGACGUGGCAGCCAGCCCAGGCAAAAGCCAACACCGCUCUCGUCCUCCACCCCCUCUGGUCGCCGCCGCCCCAACCCAUCCAAGGCCUCGCCUAACGCCCGGCGCCGGCUGCCUGUUGUGCCCCGAUCGUGAUUCUUGUCAUGGUGGUGGUCAUGCUGUUUGUUGACCAAAGGUGGUUGUGCUGUGUCAUGUGUUGACCUUCGCCUCCCGUGUUGCUGCUAUUUCUGUGUCUGAUGUAUUUUAUGUUCGCACUCUCAUCGGCGCAUACACAUACACACCUUGUUGUCAUUCAUUGUUGAGUGAGUGUAGCUGCUGUUGGAAUCUGCACUUUAUUGUGUCCAUCCUUUAUCUUCAUUUAUGUUGUUUUACGUACUUAGUUUAAGUUUUUCUUUUUGCUUUGUCAUAUUGCAUGCACACAUCGUUAGCACAUGCGUGAGCGUUCUAAUUGAGAGGAGCCGCAGAUGGACAUUUCAAGUAUUAAAUGGUUUCCCAAGA